UUUUCCCUUCAAUUCCCACGCAUUCCAACUGUUGAUUCCUCCCUUCAAUCGGGGGAGACUAAACCCUAGAUAUUUACAGAGAGAGAGAAAGAAACGAAACAAAAUCCGAUCCUCCGGGAAAUGGUAUAGAGAGAGAGAGAAGGCAGCAGAGAAACUCAUAAGAAACGUUUCGGCGUCUUGGGGUUCGAAAGAUUCGAUCUUUCCGAAUCGAACGCCCACGAUCGAAAUCCCAUCCUGUUCUUCAUACCUUGAAUCUUCAAUUGAAAAGAUUCAAAAGUUUUGUUUUUGGUGGGAAGAAAGAAUCGAUGAUUUCGAAUCCGGAUCUGAUUUUCUACGCCUGCAUUGCCCACAAGGUCACGAUUCUCGGCGAGAUUUCGAAAGAGCCGGGUCUCGGAAACUUAGCGCAGCAAUGCGUGGAGGUAGCCCCUCCCCACCAUUCCAUGUUCAGUCACACGUUGAAAUCCGGUUUUGAGGAUGUUAGUGGAAGUGGGUCGAUCUUGGUUCGGGAUAAUUUUGCCCCCAGUUGCUUGCAAGUCCAGUUUGAUUCGAUUAUUCGAAAAGUAAUGGCCUCGGACUCGCCCAAUUCGCCGGCAGCCAGUCGGAAUCUAAGCUUUGGUGCGAGUAAAGGGAAGAAAAUGGUGCUGACACCGCUGCUUGGGAAGAAUCCGAGCGAAGGGUUGAAGAAGAAGAGGAGGUUAUCUGGGGAGGUUAAUGGUGAUCCUUGCAAAGAUGUGACUGCAAUGGAGAAGAAGGUGGAUGUGUGCGAUGAUGCUAAUGGCGGCGGGUUUAGAGAUUUUCCGUUGCCAACACAAAAGAGUGGUCUUUUGCAUUCGGGUGACCGCCAAAAGGCCAAGCAAGUUUGGAGGAGGCAUGUUUGGGUUGUUUUGAUCCUUGACUUGUUUGUUUGCGCCGUGUUGUUCGGGAUUUGGUUGUGGGUUUGCAGGGGAUUUAAGUGCAUUGACAGUUGAAUGGGCGGAUUUGGGAGGUUUUGGUGUUUCGGCGUUGUAUUGUGCUUUACUUUGAAGACGGAUGAAAAUUCUGUAACAUUACAAACAAGCACUCGGAGGGAUAAGUUAGCGAAGUCAAUCAGGCUCUGUUUCAAUUGUGUACCGGCAACUUUCUCCUUGGCCCUCCGGUGAGCUUCUUGUAUGUAUCUUAAGCUAUAUAGCUUGUGUUAUACAAAUAGCGAUAAGUGUUUUCAUGUGAUGCAUCAAAUUGUGUAUACUUAGAUCAUCACUAUGCAGGCAUUGUUUUUACUUUCCUUCCAUUGUUUUCGGUUGAUGUUGUAAUUGCUCAAAUGUCUUGAUAUUUGAGUUUACCAAUAGAAACUGUUUGUUUGCUUUAAUGGAAGUUGUUUCUGUUUCUGGA